GGCCAACCUCCUCUUUGAAGAGCCAAUGGAUCAUUCAAAAUCUUGCUAUCGUUUCCAUACUUCUCUGCUAAGCUGCUCUCGUAUGUCUUGGUCUUAUAUUCCAUGUAAUCUAGCCCCAAGACUCUUGCGGGAAUUCCAUAACAAUAUUCCGAUACAUCCUCGGCUCCGAUUGGAAUGAUUUGAACGAACACUGAACCAGGGCGUAAAAACAUUGCAUGCGUUAGUCCAGCACCAUGGACCCCAAUCAUUGCAUGGCUCGAGUUUACUAAUGCGAAUGCUUCUUUUAAGGAUGUUUUUCUUGUGAGUUCAAAUAAUAUUACCUGAAAUCCUGUAUUCUCUGCUAUCCUUUCUACUUCAGGCUCAUUCAGCAUUGCACGACCAACAGUCUUAUUGCGACUCAUUAGCACGAGGCGCGGCUUAGUUGUGACGUUGGGUCCCACACCAAUGUUCCUAUUGACGAUGCGAGGAACAAAGACUUGUUUGUUGUAUGCCGUGGCUAAUAGCGUGUGAAAGUCAACUAAGGUUUUUGAAGUUUGGAUUAGUUUUGGAUUAAUUGUCAUUAAACCAUGUUUGAUGAGACCGAUUGAGGCACCAGGAAAGCAAUGUGAGCUGUUGUCUUUGUCCGAAUCUAUGAUUUGGUGCUUGCUAAAACUCUGAAGUAAGCCCUUAUACUUCACCCACCAAUCUUUCAUUUGGGAGAUUACCAAAACAAAAUCUUGAUCGUAGAACACGGAAUUAGCGGUGAUGAAAAGCGGGAUGAACACAUCAUUGAAGUCAUGGAAAAAGUUUCCAGUGUCCUGCACUGAAUACAAAAGCUGGGGCAGUGUGGUGAACGGCACACGUUGAUGUGUUCAAUGGCCCUAAUUUGAGUCACUUCCCUGAUAUUGUACAUUGUGUAUCUUUCCGGUUUUCUUGCAUAUGGUCGGACCUUCUCAACUUUGUAACUUGGACUGUAAUUUGCCCCAUACCAGUCCAGACCAGACCAGACCAGACCAGACUUGGAUAGUUAUAAAAAUACAAAGAAAUCAGACCUUACCAGACCAGACCAGACCAGUUCAGACCAGAUCAGACCAGUUCAGACCAGACCAGAUCAGAUCAGAUCAGACCAGACCAGCAAAUUACAGUCCAAGUAAAAACAUCCUUAGGCCGUUGGGGUCAUUGACUAAGAAGGUUGACUCGGAUGACACAAAUAUCGUUGAUCCGGCAAAUGUCGUAUAAAUCUUGUGAUCUAUUGCAUGCCAUUUUACUCUUGUUUUUAGGCUCUUUCAAAGGCAGAUGAACUCGUCCGAUGUGCUUUCUACAUUCACAGGAAUAAUAAUAAUAAUUAUUGAGAGUGAUAUAUAUAAAUCAUCUAAAAGUUUCACAAUAAAUCAAUACUUCAAAAGCAU